AUUUGGCUCUCCUGACCGAAAAUCAUUUCUAGUGUGAGGAAAUAGGUUGUAUUUAGUAUAUAGGUUUCAUAUGUGUGGUGUUUGUACUCAUAAUAAGUUGCAGGAUACAUGUAACUUUUAAACAAAACUUACUUGUACGCAGUAUUCUGUACUGUAGCACAUAAAUAUGAUUUUGGGAGCAUUAAAAUUGUGGCAAAGGUACACAUGCCUUAGUGUGGCAAUGUGUGUACCAAGACAGAAUGUCCAUCUAUCUUGUGCAAAGAUGAUUAAGGAAAUUCAUGAAUCACAAGAAGGAAAUGUUCGUAUAUUUCAAGGUGUUAACAUUCUCUCUCCUAGGGAACCUUAUUUAGUUAAAACAGAUGAUUCUCGUGGAUGUUGCACCAUUUGCAGUUUAGGACUAGAUGUCAAGCACACGGAUGUCCUGAUUUUAAGCCAGUUUCUUAGAUCUGAUGGCUGUAUGCUUCCACGUCGUGUCACAGGUUUAUGUAGAAACCAACAGAAGCGAAUGAGUAAGAUGGUAGCUAUGGCACAGAAAGCUGGUCUAAUGCCAAAUAUAGCACCACCUAAAAGCAAAAUGGAUCCAAAAAGGAGAUAUAAGUGGAAAAAGUACAAUACCUAUUUUGAUGAAUCAACAAUCAAGGAUGUGAGAAGUAUAACUUCUGGAAAGAAAGGUGCCAGUACUCAGAUGUAACAACUAGGAAGGUGUUACUUUAUAAAUAAACAAAGAAAUAAAACUUUAAAACACUGAGUAAAUAAUUUCUUUUUAAACUAAUUUAAUAAAAACAUCAAAGUUAUUCAUGUACAAUUUUGCUGUUUCCAUGUAUGAGUAUCCUACAAAUUUUUAAUAUGGUUACUUUUAUUUCAACAUACUAUAUUUAAAAAAAAACAGUGUCAAAGAAAGUAUUCUUACUGGGAAAAGGACCACAACCAACAUGUGAACAUCUGUUAAGAAACACAAUUUGUAUUAGUUCACAUGCUUCUUCCCAAGAUAUUUCCAAGUGCACCUGCUAUUAAUGGAAAAUGUUAAUAAAAUGCAGUGACAGAA